AAAAACGUCCCCGUGAUUCCCUUUGAGCCCAUAAAUAGUCAUUGAGCAUUUGCUACUAAACUUACUCCCUUUCAACGCACCGCCAAAAACGUUUAGUUUUCCCGUCACCAUCUUAAAACGACAUCUCCUCCGUCGUUUUGAUACCAAGGAAUCAUAUCUCUCACUCUCUCUCUUUAUUUGUUUUGUUUUGUUUUAUUUUAUUUAUUUAUCUCCUUCAAGAAAAUAAAAAUAAACACUCAAAAAUGGCUUCUCCAUCUCUUCCUCCUUCUCCUCCUCCUCUCGACGGCGAAGACAAACACCCCACCACCGUCGAUGGCGGCGACGAACCAAACAGAUCGCUUUCGUCUCCAUCUCCACCGUCGUUCUCCUUCAAACGCUUCGACAUCGUCACCGACUACUCCGAUCACCAUUACGCCGAUUCCAACCUCUUUCCGAACUGCAUUGGAUCAGACGUCUCGAAGAAGAUCAUGAGAGAAUGGAAGGUUCUCGAAAGGAAUCUUCCGGAAUCAAUUUUCGUUCGGGCUUACGAAGAGCGAAUCGAUCUAUUAAGAGCAGUAAUCGUCGGUCCAUCCGGAACACCAUAUCACGAUGGAUUAUUCUUCUUCGAUUUAGCCUUCACUUCAGACUAUCCAAAUACUCCACCAAUGGUGUAUUACCAUUCCUACGGAUUGAGAUUGAACCCUAACCUAUACGAAGACGGUUACGUUUGCUUAAGUUUAAUCAACACCUGGGAUGGAAAAGAAGAAGAGAGAUGGAAUCCAUCAAUUUCAACAGUUCUACAGAUUUUAAUAUCGAUUCAAGGGCUGGUGUUGAAUGAGAAGCCGUAUUUCAACGAACCGGAGUUGGAAAAAGAUGAAGCGGAUCAAGGGGAGAUUUACUCAGAUGCGUAUAAUAAGGAAGUGUAUUUGUUGUGUUGUGAGAUGAUGAUGAGAUUGAUGAAGAAUCCGGUGAAGAAUUAUGAAGAAUUUGUGAGGAAUUACUUUGGGGGAAAAGGGGAAAGGAUAUUGGCAGCAUGUGAAGCAUAUUCCGAUGGAAGAGUUAGGGUUGGGAGGUACAAUGAAAAAGAGAACAACAACAACAAUAAUAAUAAUGGUGAAAACUGUAAAAGAGGGGAUGUUUCUGCCAUUUUCAAGACGUUAAUGGAGAAGAUGCAUCGGGAUCUGCACGCAGCUUUUCUCCAUUUCUGCACCUCCUCAUAGAUGGUACCAACUUCCAACCUCCAGCUUUUUUGCUCUUUCUUUUUUUAAACUUUAUUCAACGAAUUUAAAUUAUACAGAAAUAUUUCGGGUUUAUUAUAACAAAAUCCGAAAACAACUAUAUUUAUUAAUUUCUUUUUUUAUUUUCCCUUCCUUAAUUAAUUUCUAUAUUUCCAAAAUCAAUCCUCCAAACUUGCAAAUUUUAUUACAUUUCAGAUACUGCGAUGCUAUAUUACAACAUUUUCUUUAUCUAUGAAUUAAUUUGGACUUCCGAUAA